CAGGGACCGCUUCCAGAUCGCCGAGGAGGUGGCCCAGGAGGAGCAGCUUCCAUGAGCUCCGAGAUCGGGGCCCCGGUGCCUCGCAGCCCGGCCUUGAUGAGCCAGCAGCCGCCUCCGCCGCCCUCCGCGCUGGAGUCGUCCAGCAACGGCAGCAGCAGCAACAGCAGCGCUUCAGCGUCCGCGCCCUCGAAAACCAAGAAAGCCAGCUCGGGACUGAGGCGCCCGGAGAAGCCUCCUUAUUCCUAUAUCGCGCUUAUCGUCAUGGCUAUCCAGAGCUCGCCGUCGAAGCGGCUGACGCUGAGCGAGAUCUACCAGUUCCUGCAGGCGCGCUUCCCGUUCUUCCGCGGCGCGUACCAGGGCUGGAAGAAUUCGGUGCGCCACAACCUGUCGCUCAACGAGUGCUUCAUCAAGCUGCCCAAAGGGCUGGGCCGGCCCGGGAAGGGCCACUACUGGACCAUCGACCCGGCCAGCGAGUUCAUGUUCGAGGAAGGCUCCUUCCGACGGCGCCCCAGGGGCUUCCGAAGGAAAUGCCAGGCGCUCAAGCCCACCAUGUACCACCGCAUGGUGAACGGCCUGGGCUUCCUCCCGCAGGGCUUCGACUUCCAGGCGCCCCCCGCCGCCCCGUUGGGCUGCCACCCGAACGGCUACAACCCCCUGGACGUGAUGCAGGCCGGCGCCUACGAGGCGCACCACGUCCCACACAUGUCUCCCAACCCGGGCUCCACUUACAUGGCCAGCUGCCCGGUGCCUUCCAACGGCGGCGCCGACUACGGCCCCGACAGCAGCAGCAGCCCCGUGCCCUCAUCACCCGCCAUGGCCAGCGCCAUCGAGUGCCACUCGCCCUACGGCAGCCCCGCGGGACACUGGACCUCCUCGGCUGCCUCGCCCUAUCUCAAGCAGCAGGCCCUGCCGCCGCCCACCCCCGCCGCCCCCACGGGCAUCCACUCCGGAGUGGCCUCCUACUCGCUGGAGCAGAGCUACUUGCACCAAAACGGCAGGGAAGACCUCUCAGUGGGGCUGCCUCGCUACCAGCAUCACCCGUCCCCGGUGUGCGACAGGAAGGAUUUCGUCCUCAACUUCAACGGCAUCUCUUCCUUCCACCCGUCGGCCAGCGGCUCCUAUUACCACCAUCACCACCACCAUCAAAGCGUCUGCCAAGACAUCAAGCCCUGUGUGAUGUGAACACUGACAUUGGGAGCUGGAUUGAAAGGAGAAGAUUGGGGAGGGCGGGGUGGGAGCAAGAGAGAGAGAGGUCCA